CGCUAUUAACGGCUUUCUCUCACUUUCUUUCACUGACGGUCACAACUUGAACAUACUCAGUUUGAGGAAUUUUCACACGUUCUAAGCAAAGUACAAACAAUGAAGCGAAAGUUACAUGCAGAAGCACUUCAACCAGCGGUUCAGCAACCGAAGGAAAUCCUACCGGCUGUGAAGAAGCAGCUCCGGUCGAAGCUACCUCGCCGGAGGCGAUCACAUAUAUCUCCAAUUCUACGUUCAUUCUCUAUUGCUGCUACGUCUCACUUGACCAGCGAAGUCUCACGUGAAUCGAGCAAAGGCUCUGUGAAUAAGGAAACGGCAGUGAAGAAGCGUGGAAUUGAAGGAGAGGAAUUUCGGAGAAUUACUAGAGCUUAUUUCAGGAAGAACUUUCUCGAGGAUCAGAAGAAGGAUGUUGAAGUGGAAGUAUCGGAGUGCUCUUGUGUUGAUUCGUGUUCUGAAGUUAUCGGAAGAAUCAUAAAAAAUGAAGAUCCACUUGAUAUCGUUUCAAAGCAGAAGAGAAAUGCAAAAGUUAUUGAAGGAACUGAGGAUUCUGAUGCAAUUUCGAGAUUUCUGAAAGCUUCUGGUGGUUUUUGCGGUGAAAGCUCAAAAUCUGGAGGGGAUGUUGUUGAAGGAAGCAGAAAUGCUGUGAAAAUCACCGAUGAAGAUGUCGUUUCAUUCAAUUCCGUGUUACAGUCGCCUUCUGAAUCGAAAUGUGGAAAUUUAUCAGUUCAAACAAUCAAAUGUAGUGAAAACAGAGCAGCGGAAGAUGUCGAGUCUGAAGUUUCACGAGUCUGUCCAGAGGUAGAAUUAUCUGCUGUAGAACAAGAACAUGAGAAGCUCGUUGAAGCAGAAUUUGAUCUGGAAUGCUCUGAAAAUUUCUCAAUCGUUGAUGUCUCUGAUGACUAUUCAUCAGCCUACUCUGAACUCCAGUCAGAGAUAUUCCCGGAGAGUUCCGAUAUAGAUCUCUCCGACUAUAGUCCGUCGUAUUGGUACGACUCCGGAAGCCAGUUCUCUGAGAAAUCGAACGCAGACGCUAGUCCUUCACCUACUUUCACGUUGUUUCUUCAGUUCGGUCAACAGUUCUGCAGAUCAACUGCGGCUUUGCAAUCCACUCCCACGAACUCUUUGGAAGAUCACAUUUCUAAUGAAUUCACUGGAUUGGAAGAUGAAGAGGAUGAAGAGAGCUACAGGAUGAUAAGAAACAGAGAGAGGAGGCAAUUGUAUCUACACGACUACGCCGAGGAAUACUGUUCCACUACGGACUGCGGCGAUCUAAUCGUGCAGCAGCGGUUACAGAUGGUUCAUUGGAUACUUGAGCAAGCCACGAGGAAGGACCUUCAGAAGGAGACGAUGUUCCUAAGUGUCAACCUCUUUGACAGAUUUCUAAGUAAAGGGUACUUCAAAACCAAAAGAUGCCUUCAAAUUGCUGGCAUAGCCUGCCUUACUCUGGCAGUCAGGAUUGAAGAAAACCAGCCUUUCAACAGCAUUCGCCAGAAGACAUUCUCUGUUGCAGGCACUGCAUAUAGCUGUUCUGAAGUGGUGGCUAUGGAGUGGCUGGUGCAGGAGGUUCUCAACUUCCAGUGCUUUCUUCCCACAAUCUACAACUUCUUAUGGUUCUAUCUUAAAGCUGCUACAGCUACCGAAUAUAUGGAGAGGACAACUAAAUACCUGGCAGUCCUAGCUUUGCUGGGUCAUGAGCACUUGUGCUACAGACCAUCAACUGUAGCUUCUGCACUGGUGAUUCUCGCUUUAUCAGCUGCCAAUCUUUAUGCCUCUUGUCAUUUGGUCACAAAGACUCAUGCCAAAAUAAAAGACGAAGAUUUACCUGAAUGCAUAAAGAGCUUGGAAUGGUUGGUGAAGUACAUAUGAUAUUAAGGUGGAUCAGCAUCUCAGUACACAUGAUAUGAAGGUGGACCAGCAUCUCAGUCAUUCUCUCAUAUUUUGGAGUAAAUCAGUUUUCGUCUCAUUCUUUUGCCGAAACUUGUCCUUAGUUUCUUCUCAAAGUCGCGGGUAAUAACUUCAAGAUAUUCUUUUGAAGUUUGAUCAAUUGAUGGUUACUUCAUUAUUUUGUCCUUGUAACAAUACCAAAUGUACACUUCAUGCCUACUGUCCUUACCAGGAAACAAGAAUGUAGAAAGAAAUUAAAGUCACUCUUGUAUUCAGAAAGUAUCAAUUACUAUAAAUAAUGGUUUAGUUGAAAAAGAAAAUUUGUGAUCUAUUUUUCAACUCAAAUGUUGAAGGAUAAGACUGAAUAUCAAAUGAGAAAGAGAGUUUGGCAAUGGCAAAGCCACUUGAUA